UUUAUACACAAGGGAAAUGCGGACAAGAGACCUUCAAUCACUGUUUACAAGAGUUUGAAGUGCAACAUACUCUACCAAUAUCUGCACUGAAUCUGUGACCGUCUAUACCACAAUCCUUUCUCCGGCCCCAGCCAAAAGACUCGAGCUAUAAUGGCCAUGGUAACUCCAGGCCUGUGGGCAAAUUUCUCUCAUUCAUCUCAUGAGCUUGGGAUUGCAAACGGCUUUGAAUUUCUUAACAGCUUGUUGGUUGCCUACAGGCUCCCCGGACUCCUACUACUCUUCUCGAUCACAAUCAUUCUUUUUCAACCUCUUCGAAAAAAAUCUGAUUUGCCAUUGAUCAAUUCCGGAAAGGGGCCCUUUAGUAUACUACGAGGGUAUCGCUCACGGAAGACGUUCGCCGCCGAGCUACCGAGAUUAGUUGCAGAGGGGCUUUCCAAGGCAAGUGCCUUUCGGAUCGCAGCCCCAGACGGAGUCAACAUCGUGCUUGCUCCAUCGUAUGCGCAUGAGAUCGGGGAGCAUCCUGACUUGAAUCCCGGCCCAAUCGCCGGUGACGAGUUCAACUGCCAUAUUGAUGGAUUCGAGGUGUUUGCACAACUGGGGACCAGUGAUGUCAUCUCUGAGUCUGUGAGGACGAGACUGACCCGACAGUUGACAAAAUUGACGCCGCUUCUCACCAGCGAGACCGCGCUUCUUCUGCAGUCCCAAUGGAAAGACGCACCAAACUGGGUGGAGGUGAGCCCGCAUGAGACGGCUAUGUUUAUUCUGUCGCGGCUCUCUUCUCUCGUCUUCGUUGGAGACGAUCUAGGGCGCAACCCGGAUUGGGUACACAUCUUAACAUCAUACAACAACGAGGCUUUUGCAGCAGCCGAAGAGCUCAACCUCUGGCCUCAGAUACUUCGACCCCUCGUCGCCCAUCUGAAACCAUCAUGCCGCCAGCUUCGUCGAUAUAUCCGUGACGCACGUGCGCUUCUUAUCCCGGUCAUUGAGCAACGGCACCAUGCCCAGAGCCAGGGUGAUCGAAGAGAGUAUAACGACGCGAUAGAAUGGCUCAACGAGACGUCUCACAGUCUAGCCCAAUCCUACGAUCCUCUAUUAUCCCAAAUGCUCCUUGCCAUCGGCUCUUUCCAUACCUCCAGUGACCUCUUGGGACAAGUCCUGCUUGACCUCUGCAUGAGACAAGAUUGGGAAGUCCUGGUCGGGGAGCUCCGCAAAGAAAUCAUAUCCUCGCUACAGGGGGUAGGGUGGGACAAGAUCUCCCUGAACAAUCUUAAACUGAUGGACAGUGUGCUGAAAGAGUCUCAACGUUUGAAGCCAGCUUCAACUGUAACGAUGGGGCGAUACGCCUCGCGCGAGAUCAUACUCUCAGACGGAACAAGAAUUCCCAAAGGCUCAACAGUCUUUAUCGCCAACGUGGCCAUGCGAGACCCCAAUAUCUACCCUGACCCGGAUGUUUUCAUUCCUGACCGUUUUACCACUCGGCGUGAAAAGGGCGAUAGUUCCGCCUACCUGGUUUCGGCUUCCCCAGAGCAUAUAGGCUUUGGCCUUGGUCGGCACGCGUGCCCGGGAAGAUUCUUUGCCGCCAACGAGGUGAAGAUUGUCUUGUCCCAUAUGCUUUUGAAAUACGACAUUAAACUUCCUGAUAAUGGCGCGGCGGUUGCACCCAGCACGUCGGGGAUCUUCUUGGAGACGAAUCCCAAUGCUAGGAUCUGUGUCCGGCGAAGGAAGGAGGAGAUUUUGAUCUAAAUUAACUUCUAGUCAUUGCUUUUUUUUUUUCUUAGUGACUUCUGUCCGCUAUUAGAUAGUUGGGCAAAUAUUGGGGGGUUCCGCAGGACCGCUUGUUGACGCGAACAAAUAAUGACUACAGUAAUAAAUUACGAUACUUUCACUAUAGUGGUGGAGACGAU